AUCUCCAGUCAGCCGUGUCAGGUGAGCAUCACUGAAUAUCAGAUUAUUUCAGAAAUAGAUCAGACUGUCAGAAUUGACAAUGGCUUCCUCUCCUCAAAAAGGUUUUCUAAGAGCACAGACUAUCAUCUCUGUUAUGCGGUAUCUCCUGGCCUCUGUGACUGUCACACACGAGACAACCUCCUUCGAGCCCUGCAACAACUACACUGUGCUGGACAAUCCAUGGAGAUCCAUCAGUAAUGGAUAUAACUCCUACUGUGACCAGUCUGUCUCCUGGAGCGGCUGGUAUCGUCUCUUCAUUAACGGCCUGAGCGCUCAUAUCCCAGACACGUGUGUUGCUCAGUACAGAUGUGGCACGAAUGUUGCAAUGUGGAUCCGUGGUGGACACCCAACAGUAACAGAUGGAGUCGUCACUCGAGAUGUCUGCGGUGACGUCGGGAGUGACUGCUGCUAUUACAGGUCUUCUUCCAUUAAAGUCAAAGCCUGUCCAGGAGAUUAUUAUGUCUAUGAGCUGGUCAAUCCAACUUUCUGUCCUUCAGCAUACUGUGCAGACACUGGCCGCAUUAACACCAGCCCUACAACUGUCACACCAGUGACCAUCUCAACUGUAUCUUUGGACACUACACUAUACAUACUAUAUGCUCUCGGUGGUCUGAUCAUAGCAGUGAUCGUACUUCUAGUUGGAUUGAUCGCUGUUAAUCAGUACUACAGGAAAAAACUCAAGACAUCAGCAAGCAGUGAGAUGCCUGUCAACAAGCAAAAUAAAAGCAGAGAUGAACAGAAGAGUAAUGCCAACGAUGUUGAAGACAGUGUGUACGAGAAUGACAAGAGCACUCAGAUGAAACCAAUCAACAGACCUGAAGUCCCAAAGAGCCAAGUACAUACAGUCUAUGGGAAUGUACAGCCCAGUGUGGGCCAGUCACAUGCACUAUAUGAGAAUCUCUGAUCCUAGUAUUACAGGGGUCAUGAACUGCAUUUGUAACGUUCUCUGAAGUCAACUUAUAAUGUUAUCAAAAUUUUACAUCA